AAUAACUUUGGUGUAAACACAGAUUUGGAGUUUUAUUUUUUAUUUCUAUUCAAGGGUAGCCCUAACAGAAAAAGAUAAACUAAGGUAGUGUAUUUGGACAAAAAAUUAUGAGUACCUAGUUUUAAUGACAGAAAACGUGAACUGUUGAUAGUUGUGGACAAUUUUGUGACAUGACAUGACACUUGUCAAGAAUGGAAUGCAGAAGUAUUGAUUGAAAGGCGAAGACAGUCUAAAAAUUUCUCAAACUGUCAAAAAGUUGUAUCGUUGUACGACAUGGAGCUACAAUGUCCAUACAUGUCAUAUUAUUAUGUGUUCUGUCUGAAGGUGAAGUGUACGUUCGAGGGUGUCGGCAUACUGUCCGCAGACCCCACAGACUACGACUGGUGUCUGAAGGUGAAAUGUUGUGGCUGUGGAGAGGAAUCCCCCAACUGGCACACAUUUGGAGUUGGAGACAGUCAUGAGCUGAAGGGAGGUCGUGGAAGUGCCAACUUUGUCUACAAAUGCAAAUUUUGCUCAAGAGAGAAUUCUUUAGACAUAGUGAAAGACAGUCUGAAGAAAAUUGAAGCGAGUCAAGGAGAAAAAUUUGUGCCUUUAGUGAAGUUUGAUUGUAGAGGAUUGGAGCCGAUAUUUUUCUUGCCAAAAGGUCCCUGGCAAGCUGAAUCGGUGACAAGUGGCUCUAAAUUUGGUGACAUCGAUUUAAGUGACAAUGAUUGGGCCGAUUAUGACACUAAGGAGCAGGAGACUGUUGGCAUCUACGAUUUCACCUCUCAAUUCGAAAGAGUCAAAUAACACUACGUACAACCAUAGGGAAAAGCUAUAUCAUAAGCUAUGUCCUCUCCAUGGUACAACACUCUUUGUAAAUAAAUAGCUAAUUCAAAUUAAAUAAAAUCAAAUCAAAUUUAUUCACUCGAAAUUCAUACAAAAUAUUAACAAAAGUAUAACACGACAAGUUACAAGUGAACAAGAUACUACUCAGAAAAAGUACAGUAUGUUACUGGUGUUGAA